AUGGAUACUGCGUGCAGCAUUCCAAUAUGUCUUCGUAAAGAUGAUGAACAGAAUGCUAAUGUUGUUUAUAGUGAUAACAGUGCAUCAAACAUCUUCACUGGUCGUGAACCUAUGUUUCCACCAUACGUUAGUAUAUUUUCUCAGGAGGAAGAUGAAACAAAACAAAGACAUCAGAUACACAAUACGUUCGAAGUAAGUGAAUACAGUAAUCAUGAUCUUUGGAGUCACGUUAAGUCGAUAAUACGCAAUUAUAAUGAAUGUUGUCUUUGGGAUAACCCAAACGUCACUAUCUGUGGUGGAACCUCACGUCAGAAAAUGGCUGAAGCACUUGCUUCUGGUCAAGGUGACCAAUUACUACAAAUAUCGCAGCUUGAUCCACAGGUUAGCAAUACUGAAGUUCUUAAUCAAGCAACAGACAAUGAGGUGAUCAAAAAUCUUAAAAAGAUCUAUGACUUAUAUGUCGAACAAAAGAUGCCUUAUAUCGAACAUGUUCGACUUCUGUCAUUGUUGCCUCGCUCAUGGAGCUACGAAAAAACUAUGGAACUCUUCGGCUGCUCACGACAUGCAAUUAAAAUAGCUCACCGAAUGUACGAUGAACAACAGUAUAUACUGACACGAAACAGUGAACCAUCUAUCAGACAGCGAGCUGAUCCUGAAAAGAUAAAGCAUUUUGUGAAUUGGCUUGUCGAAAGUAAUACUCUUGUUUCAGGUAAUUUCUAA